CCGGCUACUAUGCUUACUGGUGAGAAAAUGUAGCGUUAAUGGCGCUAGCUGACCCGAUUUAUGAAGUUAUUCAUGCAUGCAGAUGUGGUGUUCUGUGAUGGGUCGUGCUCGAAUCUCAGCUUUGGUCGACAACGGGAACAUUUCGGAUUUGAUUUCUCUCCGUGCCAGCUCCUAUGAUGAAUGGUCCACUCACUGGCUAACAGCCUUCACGUGAAACCCAUUGCCCUGUCGCAUGGAACGGAGAGCCUCUCACACGGAUCGGAAUGGGCUUACGUGCACUGCCGCCUGAAAGGGAAUUUUUGGAUUAUUAUUAUUUAAUACCGACAUUACAUUCUCCAUGCGUUAUUGCCAGCAUGGUUCGUUUUUAUGGUGCCAAAUUUUAAAGAUAUUCGAGACACUUUAACGCUCAUCAUGUACGGACUGUUUGGAAAGUGCAAGUGGAGUUUCACCCUGUCUAUGGUUUUAUCCGUGACCAGUGUGUUUUUAUUUUGUGAAUAUCUGAUAUAUUACCCAGCAAUUUUUCUGUGCUCAUGGCCCAAGAUGACGAACGACAACACUUCUCUGUCUUCUCCUGUACGGGCUUUGUUUUUAUCGGACACGCAUCUUUUAGGAGCCAUUAAGGGUCACUGGUUCGACAAGCUGAGAAGAGAGUGGCAGAUGGAGAGGGCUUUUCAGACAGCACUGUGGGUGCUGAAGCCAGACAUCGUGUUCAUCCUGGGGGACGUUUUUGAUGAGGGAAAGUGGAGCACCGCAAAGGACUGGGAGGACGAUGUCCGCCGCUUCAGGCACAUUUUCCGCCACCACAGCGACAUGGAGCUGGUAGUCAUCAUCGGCAACCAUGACAUCGGCUUCCACCACGAGAUGACUUGGCACAAGCUGCAGCGCUUUGAGAAGGUCUUCAAUGUCACGUCUGCCAAGGUACUCAGCCGCAAAGGAGUCAACUUCGUGCUGGUGAACAGCAUGGCUCUUCAUGGAGAUCACUGUCCCAUCUGCCGUAGUGUGGAGAAUGAGCUCCACAGGCUCUCAGCGGCCCUCAACUGCUCCUCACAGGAGAACCAAUCAGAGAGCAUGAAGCGCCGUUGCCAGGGGAGACAGACGUUCCCCGCCACCCCUCCAAUUCUAUUGCAGCACUACCCUCUGUACCGUGAGAGCGAUGCAAAGUGCACAGGGUUGGACGCAGCUCCGCUAGAAGAGCGCCACCAGCUGUUUCAGGAGCGCUAUGACGUGCUCUCGCAAGAGGCUUCACACAGGCUGCUGUGGUGGUUCCAGCCCCGCCUCAUUCUCAGUGGCCACACCCACAGUUCAUGUGAGGUUCUCCAUGACAACAAGGUUCCGGAGAUCAGCGUUCCAUCAUUCAGCUGGAGGAACCGCAACAACCCCAGCUUCAUACUGGGCACCAUCUCCCCGAGUGACUACGGCCUGUCCAAGUGCUUCCUGCCAGAGGAGAGCAGUGUGAUUGCCAUCUACUGCGGCAGUGCCAUGGCCCUGCUCCUCCUAGCCCUCGGACACUUCCACCUCUUCAGGGGAACGCUCAACAUCAGCAGCCUGGUGGGAAAGCACAAGCCCCUGUAGAUAUCAUACACAGCCAGGCCCGUCGACAGGGGUUGGAGUUCGAGUGUAUGUUGUCCUGUGCCCAGGGAGAUAGGAAGCCCAUAAUUGGGUCCCCAUUACAUUAUAUAUACUGAGUAGGAGGCCCUUUCAGAUGACUUUGUUUUGGGCCCAGCGAAAGCUGUCAGCGGCCCUCCGCACAGAUCCUCUUCUCAUUCCGUUGUGACGACCCUCCACUCUGGUAGGCCUACUCUUCCUCUCCAAGAACCACACUCCUGAUUCCCCUGUGACGACCACCCACCCCAUACCAGUACUCUCCACUCAUAUCUUAUAGGGACUGAAGCAUAACUCCCUGUAACUACUCACACACUCCUCUUGCUGUCCUCUCCCCACAACCCUAUGGGAACUUCAUGACAAGCCCUAACAACAAGCAUCCAUACUGAUAGCCACACUCCUCGUUUGAGAUUUCAAGCCCGGGAACAACCCCCCAUACGCGCUCCCCUCCCACAAAAAUACAUGUCAGUAGCCUUGUGGAGAAGUAUAAGCCUAUGUAACAACCCCUCCCUUACUAUCUCCUUCUCCAACCCCCAAGCCUUUCACUGGACUGCAAUGACCUUAAUGACCUCUGUGUGGUUGAGGGACGAGGGGGUGACCUCUUUUUACUUGCUAACGGGGAGAGCCACCCACUCUGGCAUCCCUUUUCUUCGCCGCCUGUGAAGAAACCUAUAGACUGGAAUGACCUGCAUAGUUUAAAAAAAAAGAGGUUGAUACGUGGUUGGUUGGAUGAGAAGCUUAAGUACAUGUGAUGUGGGACGACUUUUCAAAUGCACUAAAUCAGCCAGACCUACUUCUAGACCUAUAUCUGUCUCAAAAUGGCUGAAUACUCAGAAAAAAAAAUGUUCUGAAUAUGUCCCGCUUCCGGUACGUGUGCUAUACUCUGAUGCUGUUGUUAGCAUUACCUAGCCUAGUGCGACACCAUCCCUGACAUAAUGAACUGCGAAAAAAGAAGACUGAAAUUGCCUCCAUCUGGUUUGGAGGGAUGUAGCCCUCCACUUCACUGCCUAAUAGGAAUGCUCGAUCGCAUACCUCCUCCCCACCCCCAACACGACCCCCCACCCCGUGUGGUCUUUGUGUAGCGACCUCUACUGGAAGCAGUGGCAAUUGAACAUGUGAACAUAUACACGAGCAAUCUGAUUGGUGUUUGCAUGCUGGACCAAUCAGAAUUCCAUUUGAUAAUAAUGCCACACUUACGUUUACACCCAGCAUGUAAAUCUAGUACACAGUUGCGUUUACAAACUAAAGCAAAGUGAGGACCUAGUACACACGUUAACACACUGUGCACUGUGCGGUAUAAACCUUGUACACAUAUGCGUUUACACAGUGCUGCAGAGUAAGAUGUAGUACACAUACCUGUUUACAAUGGUGUUGUUUGAAAACCUAGUACUGAAAUCCAUUACCUGUACCUAUUGAAGCUGAAGACUUGCACAAAGCUAUUCGGGGCACCUGGAGUAUGUAGAACUGCCUACCUAAUUUUUAAAAAAUCACUUGAAAAGUGUUUAAGUGUUGGAGAUUGAUUUGAGCUAGAUUGAACUGUUUGAAAUGACAGGUAAAAAGGACUUGAACUUUUCUUUGGCUCAACCUGUGGAAAUGUCGAAAAGCUUUAAGAGUGCACUGUUGCUGGACAAUGUGUGGAUGCAAGUCCGAGUUCUACUGUAGUUUGUAGUUUUAAAUAAGUGAUGCAUUUGUUCAAAUGUUAUAUAAUAUAAUAAAAUAUAUUUCUAUACCUUUGUGUCAGCUUUAUGAAAAUGUAAUGAUUGUAUUAUCUGCAACAAACACUUUUCAGUCAUCAGCACGUUUUACACGUUGUUCCAACUCAGAAUUGCAAAAAAAUGAUACAUCAGAGGUAUUUUAUUUGCAAAAUUACUUGAAGACAUUCUCUCCACGAUUCUCAUUCUAGACAAACUGAAGGACAACUCUCUGCUCAUGUGCCUCUUUAUUACAAUAAAAAUAAGAAUAAAAAAAACUCCAAAUCCUCAAAGGCCAGACACAAAAAGGUUUUUUUUAAAUCACACUUUUUUUUGUCGGAAUAGACUUGCACAAGAAAAGCUGCUGUUCGGUGUAAAGAAUAGGCUAUCUAACAGUGCACACACAUCCACAUUGCCUGUGCAAUUGUGAAGGUCUCUUUGAUGACCAAAGAAUCACUAGUUUCUUCAUGUCUUCAUUUCAUUCUAAUAUAUGCUCUUGUGGAUGCCUGUAGUAUGCAUACCUCCCCUCUAGACAUUCAUGAAUAUGUAUACGCAUAGGCACACACAUUACUAUGUAUAGUUGUACAUAUAUAUUUAUAGAAUAUAACUCAUCUUUAUAAAUGUAUAUGUACACAUAUCAAUAUAAAAAUGCAGAUGUACAACUCAAGGUCUGUGACCACGACGCAUGGGUAUAUGAGUGCAUAUGUACACAUGCAUGCAGAUCACGCAUACAUACACACACAUUUACGGACACGUGUGGUGCACCUUCUUUCUCUGUUUCGCACACGCCCACACACGCGCGCGCGCACACACACCAACACACUCACGCGCCACAUCUAAAAAGAUGCUUCCUAAUAAAACAACACCAGGUUGUGAUUUGGACACUUUGAAUUUUUCCAAUGUUUUUUUUAUAUAUUUUUUUUACAUCUUUUUUUUUUUUUUAAAGCUGAGAAUUGGAACGAAAAAAGAAGGAUUUUUUUUUUUAAAGAGAGAAACAAAGGCAAUGUCAAUGCAACAUCUCAUCACUGAAGGUAAGUGGUUAAUUUUGCAUAUCGUAUACAGGAUUUUUUUUUUCCUUAUUUUUUUUUUCUUCAUUUUUGUACUAAAGAACAUCUCUUUUUGUUAUAAACCAGAAAAGACUAAAUUUUCUACAGAGAAGUAUUCCCACCAGCAGUUUUGACUGAGGGCGGAGCUGACAUCAAGCUGUACAGCGCAGUCAGAAAAUUAUAAUAAUAAUAAUCAUAAUAAUAAUAAUCAUGUUCUUACAUCAGAGCUCAUGUUACAAGUUACAGCCGCGAUGAAGGCACAAAGAUCUUCUACAAGUUGGUUCGUUCUCUCUCUUUCACCACUCACAAUCUCUCAAUGAAGUUGUACAAAAUAACAUUACAUUUUGCAGUCUGCGCAAGGUGUGACUUCCAACCUCGCACAAUCCUUAGGAUAGUAAAACAUAAACCGAAAAUAUAUUAUAUAUUUAUUUAUAAUAUUUAUAUAGGGCUAUUGUUCCUCUGGGAAAAAAAACCUCCCCCCUCCCCAGGGGGAUCAUCGGCGGAUGAAAAGUAAAGUCAGUGACAGCUGUCAAUCACGCAGGUCUAACAGCUGUGCGGGUCUACAGAUCGCUGCAGCCCCUAGACUGGUGGUUGCUUUAGCGUAGCGACCUGAGCCACCUCAGAACAGCCCCCAC